GGCACACCAUGUACACAGACAUGUUGGCACUACUGGUCAUUCUCUUCUCAUCCAUCUUCUUCCUAUUUCUAAUCUACAGAACAAAAACCACCAGAGCACACCUACCACCAGGUCCUCCGGGUCUUCCUCUCAUAGGCAAUCUUCAUCAGCUUCCUCACUCUGGCCAGCAUCGCUAUUUCUGGCUUCUCUCCAAGCAACAUGGCCCUCUCAUCUUCCUUCGCUUCGGCCUCAAGCCCACCAUAGUUGUUUCCUCUGCCAGAAUAGCCAGACAAGUCAUGAAAACCCACGACCUCGUAUUUGCUAGCAGACCAUCCCUGCUUGGUCAACAGAAAUUGUCUUACAAUGGCUCCGACUUGGCUUUCGCUCCCUAUGGUCAAUGCUGGAGAGAAAUGAAAAAACUUUGCGUUCUCCACCUGUUCAGCUCUCGGCGCAUCCACUCUUUUCGUCCCAUUCGGGAAGACGAGGUCGUGCGAAUGAUUCAAAAGUUGUCUCAUUCUGCUGCUUCUCGCAGAGUAAUCAACUUGAGCGAGACCAUGAUGUCUUUCACUGGAACUUUGAUUUGUAGGAUUGCUUUCGGGAAGAGGUACGAGUUGGAAGACGAAGGAAGCGAGAGGAGUAGAUUUCACGGACUGCUCAACGAAUCUCAGGCCUUGUUGGCAGAAUUUUACUUCUCAGACUGUAUACCAUGGUUGGGGUGGAUUGACAGAAUCAGAGGACUUCACAGUCGUCUGGAUAAAAUCUUCAAGCAGCUCGACGAGUUCUACCAACAAGUCAUCAACGACCACAUGAAUCCAACAACCCCUCAAACCGACCAACGAGACAUCAUCGAUAUCUUUCUUCAAAUAAUGAAUGCUCCUUCAACCUCAGUUGAUCUCACUUUGGAUCGCAUCAAAGCUUUGCUCAUGAAUAUAUUUAUAGCAGGAACAGACACGAGUGCAGCGACAAUAGUUUGGGCCAUGACCUUACUGAUGAAGAAUCCCAGAGUCAUGAGAAAGGCACAAGAUGAAAUCAGAAAGUUACAUGUAGAAAAAGAUUUUAUAAACGAAGAGGAUGUAGAAAGGCUUCCUUAUCUGAAAGCAGUGGUGAAGGAGACACUGAGAUUGUUCCCACCUGCACCGUUGCUCGUUCCACGAGAAUCUGUGGAAAAGUGCAACAUGGAAGGGUAUGAGAUUCAACCGAAAACUCUAGUUUUGGUGAAUGCAUGGGCUAUCGGGAGAGACCCAGAGGCAUGGGAAGAUGCAGAACAAUUUUAUCCAGAAAGGUUCUUCAACUGUUCGAUAGACUUCAAAGGUCAAGACUUUGAGCUGAUUCCUUUUGGAGCUGGUCGCAGGAUUUGUCCAGGCAUUCACAUGGGAGUGGCCACCGUGGAGCUUGCACUUGCUAAUCUUCUUCACUCUUUUGAUUGGGCAUUGCCCCGUGGGAUUGAGAAGCAAGACAUUGACACAGAAGUCAUGCCAGGAAUAACAAUGCACAAGAAAAAUGAUCUCUGCCUUGUUGCAAAGUCAAGAAUCACAUAGCACGCUCACAUUCGUACCUAUUGGCUUAGGUUGUUCACAAUAUGAUUCCAGAUCUAUGUAGCUUCAAGUGUGAUAGACGAAAUUUGUGCUUGUCGUAUUCUGAUCACAAUAGUUGAUCUUGAUCUUUACAAAAUGAAGACGUCAACAUGGACUCUGAUAAAUAUUGAAGUGAGGAUAAUUAACUAUAUGUUACAAGUUUGAUUGAAACUUUGGGAGUUAAAUAA